CACCAAUUUCUUAGAAUUGAACACUAUCUACAGAUUUGCCCCAAAGCGUUUCUUAUGAUAGUGAUUUUAAUUAUUGUCAGAUAUCAUCUAUACUUGUCCCAACUAUGCCACGGCAAUACUGUACCGCGACCCCAUUGUGCUACAGUUUUUAAAAUUAUGAUAAUUUUUUAGAACUAUUGAUUAUAUUAAAUAUGUAUCAAAUCAAAGCUUUUAAAAAUAACCUAAUGAUUAAAAAAAAAAUCUCUUAAUGCUAUGAAAUUUUUUUACUAAGAAGUAACAAACGUAUGUAGGAGGCUCAACUCAAAAAAAAUAAAUCUUCAAAAAAAAAAUCUACUAUAAUAUCUUUGAGCACAUUCCUUUUCAAGCUUUUUGUGAUAGUAAUAUUAACCACUGUUAAAUUUUAAACAAUAUCGUUUCGAUUGUCCAUGAUCCAUGCUGUACUGUCUUUUUUUUUAUAGGGAUUAAUAUAUCCAGCAUUAGCAGUAAUUACAUUUGAUCAAGUUAUUAGUUAUUUGUCAUCCACCAAUUUACCACAUGCACAAGUUAAAUUCCAAAAUUGCAUGGCUAAUUUAAACAUAAAUGAUUUUGAACAAAUAAAUAAUGACGAAAUUAAUACAUUUUUAAAUACAUUGAGUGAUAAUAUCAUUUCCCGUCGAAUUUAUCCAGAAGAAAUGAGUCAAGAAUUUAUUGAAUUUUUUAAAUUAGAUAAAUUUAUUAUUAAAGAUAAGUUAAAUGAAUGUUUUAAAAUAUUCCAGUCAAAUUUGUUUGCAAUAAAAAAACCCAAGUAUGAGAAUAGUGACGAUUUGGAAUCAGUGCUACGAUCGCGUAUUCAUCAAGCAUGUAAAAUUCUGCAAGACUGUAAAAAUAAGUAUGGAAUAAAUAAAUCAUCAGAUAUGAAUCAUUACGAGACAGUACCAAAUGAUUACUUAAAAGAAUUUCAAGAAUCUACAAUCGAAGAUAUAACUAAAAUUGUUUCUGGUGAACAUACUCCAUAUGUCGGCAUUCUUGGUAUAAAUUACUUCCAUUUUGCAUACAACGAAAAUCCUUUUAUAAUGCAUUGUUGUGUUGUUUAUUACACAUAUUUGGUGACAGAUGAUUCAACUUUAAAUCAAAAUUUGGGAACUAGUGAUAGAACUCAAUGAAUUCCUAGGGAAAUCUAUGGUAUCCGAACUUCCAUCUAUCAAUUUUUUUAAUGUAUUAGAAAUGUUUUUAACGAUUUUUGACAUCAGUCAUAAUUAUUAUUUUCAAAUCAAAAUUUAAUAAUGAUCAUUAUAUAUGAGUGUAUUAUUUUUCAAUUUAUUACUUUAAUUAUAAAUAUUUACAGUAUGUAUAAUAAAAU